AUGGCUCGUAUAAUAAGCAAAUUAGUAUAAAUAAAAUACUAUAUAGUUUUCUGAUUCUUCUGCUUCAGAAAAGGACUUACCUCAUGGCUUUGCUGAAUAAAUUUUACAACAUGAUAUUAAUUUUGUGUUAAGCAAUUUUACGAAUUUAGAUGCCUUGAAUCAUUUGGUAUAAUUAUAUAUGGUAAAUUUAUUACUGAUGUUUGUUUAGAAAGGAGUUGAAUAUUAUGAAUCUUUACAAGAUCGAAAAUAAGAAUAUUUUAAAUACAAACUACAUUGGUUGAUGAGUCAUCCAAAUUUAUUAUAAGAAAAAUCAAAAAAAGUAGAAAUGCAUUAUCCAUCUAUUCAAGAAAAAUUACUAUAAAAAAUAGAGCCAGAUGAGAAAAAUUAAGUUCAAUAAUUAAUUACAAAUAUUCAAUAGGAUAAAUAAAAUCAUUUGAAAUUAUAAAAAGUAUAUUUAAAUAAUUCUAUUUCAGCUUAUAUCUAAUGAAAUAAAUGAUUAACAAUAAAGAAUCAAUAGUAGACUAAGAUAGAGAUCUACUUCAAAGAAUGAAAGAGAUAUUAAAUAAUAAUAACCAUAAAUUUAUCAUAAUCAACAUUAUAAUAAUUAAAUUCAGAGCCUUUAAUAACAGCAAAUCAAGGAAGCUAGACCUGAAGAAGAAUAAUCAUAUGUUUAUUCAAAACAUAUAUCACCCCAUAAAUGAAGU